AUGGAGUUAGUAGAAAGGAUCAUAAGGGCAAAUGAAUCGCAAAAAUUGGAUAUGUUGGAACGAAUAAUUCGAACAAACGAAUCAAAAAUAACUGAAAAACAGAAACAUACUAUAAAUUAUAAAUUUAUGGUUAGAAAGUAUAAUCAUAGUCCAAGGCGGAUUAGAAUAAAUGCGGAGAAG